AUGUCGAGCGAAACAUUGAGUUUUAUACAACAAGAGGCUCUAAUUCAACAAAAACUUCAAGCAGUUUAUGGACCAGUACCGGUUGUUUCGACAUUAUCUGUCCAAAGCUAUGGUCACGUUAGUGAAGGUUAUGGAGUCAUGCCUCGUGUUCCACAACUCGAUGAAAAAUUACAAUCAACGGCACAAACAUCAAAAAUGAGAUCAGCUGAUACAAUUUUAAAAUUCUUCAUCUUAUAA